AUGUAUUUCGCGCGAUGUAUUUAUUUACAGUUUUCUUGUCACUUGGAAGGAAAAGCCAAGUUGGCUUCACAAAAACUUGGUGUGCUCUGUAGAGCGGGGCAGUAUUUCACGUCGCACCAUCGCCUCAAGCUAUAUAAGGCGCAAGUUAGGCCGCACAUGGAAUACUGCUCCCACAUCUGGGCCGGGGCACCCCAACAAUACCUCCUUCCAUUUGACCGCAUUCAAAGGAGAGCUGUACGACUUGUUAACGAGCCAAGUCUCACCGAUCGGCUCGAUACUUUGGCGCUGCGAAGAGAUGUCGCUUCUUUAUGCGUUCUCUAUCGCAUUUACUAUGGGGAGUGCUCUGAAGAGUUGUUUGGAACAUUACCCGCCGCCGAGUUCCACCACCGUACAGCACGACAUCGUCAACAAUACCACCCUCACCACCUUGACUGUUGGCAAUCUACAACUGUGCGCUUUAAAAGGUCUUUCUUCCCGCGCACUACAGACAUCUGGAACAAACUCCCUCAUGCGGCUUUUCCAAACGGCUAUGAACUGGGGACCUUCAAGAAAAGAGCAUAUUCCUACCUGAAAGGCCGGCAACAUACUCACAGUGUCUCUGGCACUGUGGGUGCAUAUGGGCGACGUGGAGCACUUACCACCAGGUGA